AGGCAGCGGCUUUCUCGGCAAUGCUUGCCUUUGGUUUGAAAUUACCAAACCAGGUCAAGAAGGGAGCAGCAGAGAUUCAGCAUGAGGAAAAGAAGGCAAGAGGAGAGCUAGUAGACUAUGUCGACCCUACAGCCCACCUUCCCUGGAAGAAAAACAAAGGUGGUACAUGGGGUGUACAAUCAAACGCUCCUCAACAAAGUAACCCUCCCCAUUCAUCUCCACAUGCACCCCCCAAGGAUAAGAGUAAACCUGCCUGGAAUGUAGAGAAUAUCCAACAACCACCUCAAUUAUCUCUCGAGGAUGAGCUUGCCAAGGAGAAUCCUACUUCCCCCAAAGCAGCACCUACAUCUCCAAAGGUUGCAAAGCCUGCAUGGGGUGGUGCGGGGCUUCCAAAAGCGCCUGUUGAGAUUAAGAAAGAAAUUCCUUCGUUCUCAGGGUCCGCCUGGGCUGAUGAAUGCGACGACGAUGAUGACGAUGUUGAAGUCAAGAAACCUGUCCAGACUUCCUCAAGUCAACCCGUGUCUGAUUUUUCGUCGAAUGGGUCUCGAUUCUCAGGUGCAAGGGUACCUUUUGCAGUCCAUCCUGAUGGCGAUAGAACUAGAGAACGUGAAAUGGACCCUACAGACAGCAUGUUUAGGGGCGAAAGGAAUGGUGUAAACGAUCGUGGAUUCGGUAACCGUAGAGAACAUUACGAAAGAUUCACUGAUCGGCGAGAACAAUUUGAAAGAGACUUCGAAAGACAUGGUUAUCAGAAAGGUUUUGAGCGAAGGGGAUUAGAUGAUCGUUCAGCAGCUUUU